AUGCGGGGCUCCCUGUUGGCUGGAGAAGAGAGAGAGAGAGAGAUAGCGAGGGAGAGGGGGAGAGAUAGCGAGGGAGAGGGGGAGAGGUGAAUCUGCUUGAUCUUCUUCCAUCCCUGGCGGUUAUUCUUUCUCUGGAUCCACGCUCCUGAAAAAUCUCGAACCUCGUCUUUUCUCUGUCUUUAUCUUCUUCCCCCCUUCCCCUGUUUCUGUUCUGGAUUCCUUCUCCUCCUCAUCCUUCGCUGGAGCUCGUUUUCCAGCCGGACUCUGGGUUGUUCUGCUGUGAGCGAGUUCGUGAUCGCGUGGAAAGCGGUCCCAAGUGGAGGAAAUCCAGCCGGAAACUCGUUUGUCGGGUGACAUUGACGGCGGAGUAGGAGCAGGGAUCUGUGACUUGGAAAAAGCACGCCGGCGCGUAGCUUCGUUGUGGGCUUUAUAUCGUCGCCAGGGAACGAGCGAACGGGAUAGUUUAAUUUUUUUUUUUCGCGUAAAGACAGACUUCCGGCGUUUUGCUGGAAAACGGAGGAGAGAGCAAUUUAUUGUCUGAUUUUCGUUCGGAAACACAAGAUCAUUGGGUGGAGUUCGGCGUUCUGUUCGUCUUGAGACUAUUGCUGGGUGUCCUUGUUCUAGUUCAUAGAACGAAAAUAAGAGCAGCCUGAUUUUGGGAGAAGAAAGAGCUGCAACGCUGGUUUGAGUGGCGAAAGUAUAACAGAGAGAAGAAGUUUAAGCUGUCCGAACCGCGAGAAUGGCCGUAGAAUGGAGGAACUGUCGGUCUUUCGCGGUAGUCGGAUUGACGUGCAUCUUGGCGUCCGCGCUUGUAGCGGCAGAGAGAAACCUGAUGCUGCAUGACCCGAAGACCACUGUAGUUGAAGAAUCGGGGCAGGAUCAGCUGCGAAAGCUCAUAAAAUUCCUCUGGCAGCCCGAUGUGUCAGCGUAUGAGCACACCUGGCCGGCUAUGAAAUUUGGCUGGAGGAUAAUAUUGGGUUCCAUAAUUGGAUUCUUGGGAGCAGCAUUUGGGAGUGUAGGAGGAGUUGGUGGUGGAGGGAUAUUCGUCCCCAUGCUGACCCUCAUAAUUGGGUUUGACGCGAAGUCAUCGACAGCUAUUUCAAAAUGUAUGAUCAUGGGAGCAGCAGGAUCUACUGUUUAUUACAAUCUGAAGCUGAGGCAUCCAACGUUGCCAAUGCCAAUUAUUGAUUAUGACUUGGCACUACUUUUCCAACCUAUGCUUAUGCUGGGAAUCAGCAUUGGUGUUGCUUUUAAUGUCAUUUUUGCUGACUGGAUGGUUACUGUGUUGCUGAUUAUCCUUUUCCUAGGUACAUCAACAAAAGCUUUCUUCAAAGGUGUUGAAACAUGGAAGAAAGAAACCAUAGUUAAGAAGGCUGCUGCAGCUGCUAAACAAAAUGCAAAUGAGGAAGUGGAAUACAAACCUCUUCCUGGUGGGCCAAGUAAUGGCGUGAAAAAAGAGGGCAAAGACUCUGAAGAUUCACAAGUUAGUGUCAUGGAGAAUGUCUAUUGGAAGGAGCUUUUUCUUCUCGUCUUUGUCUGGGUUGCAUUCCUUGGUCUUCAGAUUGGCAAGAAUUAUACCUCGACAUGCUCAACAUGGUACUGGGUCCUGAACCUACUUCAGGUUAGUCACCUAGUACUUGUUAUUUGAUUAUUUCAUCCUUAUUUGAAUGGUUAGAGGAUAAUUAUAUUUCAUUCUAUUCAGGUUCCUGUUUCUGUUGGAGUGACGCUUUUUGAAGCUGUCAGCUUAUACAAGGGAAAGAGAACCAUAUCCUCCAAGGGUGAUGUGGAAACAGAGUGGAAAGUCCAUCAGCUUGUUUUCUACUGCUGUUGUGGUAUGCUGGCUGGUAUAGUUGGCGGUCUUCUUGGUCUUGGAGGAGGUUUUAUCUUAGGCCCUCUGUUCCUGGAGCUCGGUAUACCACCUCAGGUUUCCAGUGCGACGGCCACUUUUGCUAUGACUUUCUCCUCAUCCAUGUCAGUCGUUGAAUACUACCUUUUAAAGCGGUUCCCUGUCCCGUACGCACUCUACUUCGUUGCUGUGGCCACAGUUGCUGCUUUUGUAGGGCAACAUGCGGUGAGAAAGUUGAUUAUUAUUUUGGGGAGAGCAUCGCUAAUUAUCUUCAUCUUGGCUUCCACAAUCUUUAUUAGCGCAAUUUCACUAGGUUUCUUACUAUUUCAGAAGCCCUGUGUGCAUGAUAUCGUAAUUUUCAAAAGCCCGCCUGUUUUACAGGAAGUCGGGUACACAGAUGGGGAUGUCUUUAUUAAACGGGUUGUUGCAAGGGAAGGUGAUACUGUUGAGGUUCAUGGCGGCAAGCUCAUAGUAAAUGGAGUUGCCCAAGAAGAAAAUUUCAUCCUUGAGCCGCCGGCUUACGACAUGAGCCCAAUUCAUGUGCCAGAGAACUCUGUUUUUGUGAUGGGUGACAACCGCAACAACAGCUAUGACUCUCAUAUAUGGGGUCCUCUUCCUGCCAAGAAUAUAUUAGGAAGAUCUGUGUUUAGAUAUUGGCCGCCUGCAAGGAUUGGGAGCACGGUCUUGGAGGAUGUCUGUGCAACGGAUAAACAAGAGAGCAGUGUAGUUCCAUAAGAACCAACUCCGCAGAGUAUCAAUUUGGGAGGGACUCAAGAGGUUAUGGAACCAAAGGAUCGGAAGACAUCACGGCUUUGUUAUGUACAACACAGUCGUAGAUCCAGUUCAAUUUUUAAUGAAUGCCUUGUCGACUUUUUCAGCUCCCAUUGUCUUGUGAAGUUCAAGAUCUUCGCCCUGUGAAUCUAUUUAGCUGGGAUUUUGAGCCAUAUAUGUUGGUCAAAUGUAGCGUGAUCCUUUUCUUGAUGUGAAAGUAAAGAAAGAAAAAAAAAGGAAAAAAUGAUUACGGAUGCCUAA